AGUACCGUCGCUGGCCGGGUACCUGUGCAAGAGGGCGAACGCACUAGAGUCCGGCAACUUGGUACCUGUACCCGCGGAUUGGUAGCGGGCUGGCUGUGCUUGGCAUCUAUCCCAUCCUACCUCUGCCAUGUUGCACGUCUUACCAAAAACAUUCACCGUCGGCGCGCAGCCGCCAUGACUGUGACUCGAAAGAAGGCAGACGCGCAUCGGGAAUCUAGGGCUCUCCAUCUCUUUCUCUCGCUCUCACUGCCGCUGCUAUCCCCCAGCCGUCGCCGCUUCACUGUUGUGGCCAUGCUCAGACCCAGUCCUCCAAAGUGCCGAAACCUCCAAGCCCCAACUUCUUCACUCGUUCCCAGUCCGUGCCCUCCCCCAUUCGCCCUGCCUAACGGAAACAAGACACCCCCCUGCCACUCUCUCUCCUUCAUCAUGAGGCCAAUCAUGGUCGAUUGCGGCCCCUGUCUGGCUGUCCCUGUUUUGGGGAGGGCCUCGGCAGAUCGCUUCACGAGGAUAGAUACGAAUCAAGCAAAGCAUUACCUACCAACAACAACUAUAUAACAACUAUUGCUACCGCUACUACUCUUCUCUAUCCUCUCUUGACUAUCAUUGUUAUACCAAACUCACCCUUAGAGUUCCACCU